UCUGUUUUUUUGUUUAGUGUAUGUAUAUUACAAAUAUUUACUAGUAAUGAGGGAUGGCAGCUGAUAUAUUAAUUGUUUAACAUGGCUGAUCGUUUGUUUAUGUAUAGCUGGUAUCAUGGUGAUAUUACCAGACCAGCAUGUGAAAGCAUUCUUAUGGCCCAAAAGCCUGGAUUAUUUCUUGUUCGAGACAGCUCUACUUGUAAAGGAGGAUAUGUACUAUCUGUGAGCGAAAACAACAAAGUGAGUCAUUAUAUCAUUACAAACAAAAACUCUCAAUAUCAAAUUGGAGACCAAACAUUCAAUGAUCUUCCUGAAAUCGUGGAGUUUUACAAGCGGCACUUUCUUGACACAACUACUCUUGUAGAAUCUGCACCUCGGGUUACUGAGCCAACACCUGUAACUCCUGCUACUAGUGUUACUCCUCCAACUCAGGAGAUCAAAGUCAAAGCUCGGUACAAUUUUCCAGGAAAUGAUCCUGAAGAUCUUCCUUUUAAGAAAAAUGACAUUUUGACUGUGCUAAAAAAAGAGGAGCAACAAUGGUGGAUGGCAAGAGAUAGCAUGGGAAAAGAAGGAAUGAUUCCUGCAAACUAUGUAGAAUUAUUACCUAAUCGGCUAUCAUACCCAUUAAAUAACCCACCGAGUACUAAGCCUCUAAGAUCUUCUAUUCAUAGUGGCGGUGGUGGCUACACUUCACCACCAAAUGUUGAUUCGACAACACCUGCUAGUGCAGCUAGUGUACCUGUUAUAGCUGAAGCUAUGCAAGACAGAACGCCAACCAUAUACGAUCCUUGUGAAUUAAAAUUUCAAAAAGGCGACCGUAUUUUAGUGCAAAGUAUGCGCGAAGACGGAACUUGGGAAGGUCAGCUAAUGAACGGUAAAAGGGGAAUUUUCCCUUUCACAUACGUCAAAAUAAUUUCUAAUAAGCCGCAUGAUAUCGCUGCCUGGAAGGCAUCUUUCACCCAAAUAUAGUGAUAUAGUGUAAAGUAAGUUAUUAUAAAUAUUGUUCUCUGAUCAUGCUAACUCAGCAGAAAAGUACCAUGUAUCUCGGAGCUUCCUAUUACUGAAUUGCUUGAAUGUUUGGAUCAUUGGUUUGCUUUAAGCGCCUUUAAUGUAGCGCCUGGCAUUUUGAUACAAUUGUUCUUUUAUUAGGUCUCUCAGUAUUUUCGAAAUUCAAUAUUAGAUGCUGUUUGCUUUUUCUGGCUACAUGGGAUGUUGCAACGCGUAACCACUAUGUUAAAUUUGUGUUAAAUUUUGUCAGAUUUUUAUUACAGCUACGUUUCGGGUGCUUACAUCAAACCAUGCAUGGCAACUUUAUUUUUAUACUUUGAAACGAAUUGUUAUAAAUAUUUAUAUAUUUUUUUCAUGUAUUUUUGAAAUUUUUUAUUUUAUUUUAUUUUUAUUACACCGUUUUGGCGCUAUAUCGUUUUAAACUUUACUUUGAAAAAAUUUUAUAAUACGAACUUUUUUUUUUUUGUUUGUCUUAAUAUUAAAAUAAAUUGUUUAAAUAUUCUGUUAAUUUGGAAAUAGAAGUUGAAUUAUUGUGAAUUUUGAAUAAUAUAAAAUAAAAAAAUUUCAGUGAUUUGACGUCGAAUCGAUUUGAUUGUGUUGUGUAUUUUUUUUUGCGAGGCGUAAUUUUAAGUGAUUCGUUACCAUUCUCUUUACUUUUGCAUUCUUUGGUUUCUUCGAAAUUUGCUAGAGAUUCGUAUUUAAAAUAAACAUUUAUAUGUGACCAUUCGCGCUCGAUUUAAUUCUUUUUGGUAGAAUAAAGUAAUGAUUAUUUUAACUGUUUUGCUGUUAAAGUAGGAAGUCUAUUUUAUAUUUCAUUUAAAUGAAAGUCCUGUUUUAUUUGUACAUUGUAUUACCGUAAUUCUAGACUGCUGUUAGGAAAAAUUUCCAUUUAUUUUGUAUAUCUGUAAAAAUGUCUUUCAAUAACUUUUGGAAAUAAAUUUAUACGUUUUA